GUAUUUUUUUUUCCCCGUAAGGGUAACUACUCGAGAACUUUCGUCAUUCGGAUGGAUCACCGACGUUAAUACAAGUUCGUGAAUGGAUCAAAGGCAGUUUAAUUUUUACUUAUAACAUUUACUGAAAACUACAUACAUUUCACACUGGAAAGUUUCGAUUCUCCGCCAAAUCCAAACGAAAAGAAGCCCAAAAUGGCCACUGGGGUUAUCCUUGCUGGCUUGGGGCUUGCAGUUGCUGGAUUUGCAGGAAGGUAUGCCCUUCGAUAUGGAAAAAUAGCCCAGACAGCAUUCAGACAGCAAAUCGAUGCACUUCCUUCAAAUGGGGCGUUCAGUAAAUAUUACAAAGGUGGGUUUGAGCCAAAGAUGAGCAAACGUGAAGCAGGCCUUAUUCUUGGUGUGAGUCCUUCAGCCAGCAAGACAAAAAUAAAAGAGGCUCACAAGCGAAUAAUGUUGCUUAAUCAUCCUGACAGAGGUGGCUCACCAUACCUAGCAGCAAAGAUUAAUGAAGCCAAAGAUCAUCUGGACAAGCAUACAACAUAAGGAGGCAUGGUGUGAAGUUACUCUGGUAGAAUAAAUAGGCAUUGUGGAGAACUGGUUGAAUUUUUUUUUCUAGAAAUCUGUCACAGUUGUGACACGUUACAGAUUUACAUCUUUUUUGGUUCCAAGCUGACUGUUUUUUUUAAAAGCCUCUCCAUAAACACCUUCAACAUCAUAGGUGUAUUUCUGUGCUUUUGAUAACUAAUUUCAUGGAUUGAGUAAGAGUAAAGUUGUGAGUGGUAUGUGUGCAUGUGUAACAGUGUGCUUAAAAAAAAGAAAUAAUAAAAUCUACUUUUUUCAAUAUAA